AUGCAGAGUCAACAACAGCCAACCACGGGCUCGCGCACCCAAGUUAUAGACCCCACAAACAAUGUCCUUCGUUUGCGUCCCUCUAAUGAGCAACCUACACAACAACAACAGGAAGAAGAAGAAGAAGGAGCUCCCACAUCAGUGUUGAAAAAGACCAAAUCCAAGCAAAAGAAGCCGAAAGUAAGGUGGACUCAAGAUGUCGUUGAUAAUGAACACAUGAAUAAGAAAAAGACGAAAAUAUGUUGUAUAUUCCAUCCACAACGAUCGUUUGACGAAGAGGAAGCUCAUGAUCAUGAUCACGAUCAUAAUGGGUGUUCCAGUUCUAGUUCUGACUCUAGUAGUGACGAAAGCGAUGCUAGUGAUGGAGAAGGCGGUGGCCCUGGUGGUGGAAGUAGUGCUAAUGGUGAAAGGAACAAGAAUAAUGGUGGUGGUUCGUCAAAUGUCAAUGCGUAUGAGUAUCAACCGAAGUAUGAAAAUCAGUCUAAAUUGCCUUCGAAUCCAAGUACGUGA